AUGUCUGGAUAUUAUCCCCAUCCAGGCCACAAUGUCCCGCCCCAGUAUUACAACAUGGACCCAAACGCCAUGCCAGCCUCCAACAACAACAUGCAACAUGCCCCACCAAGCAUGCUUUCCCAUGGCUCAUAUCCCCUAACCCUACCAGACAACCCAUUCCAACCUGGAGCACCCGCGCCUUUUAUGCAAUACAAGAAUAUUGGCCAGCAGGGCUAUGCUGAUCAGUAUGAGGAUGCAUCUGGUUCCAUGGGCUCGGCGCAUAGUGCCAACGGCCGCGCGCGCCGACGACCAGCCCCUGGGGAGCAGGUAAAGCAUCGCAGAACCCGGAGUGGAUGCUUUACCUGCAGACAGCGGAGAGUCAAGUGUGAUGAAAACCAUCCCGUGUGCGAGAGGUGUCACAAGGGAGGUCGCGAAUGCAUCUACCCCGACUCACAGUCUAGUCAGAAGUCGACGCGCACUGGCUCGAAAUCGGGCAAGUCUUCGUCGGCGGAGAACAUGUCGUCGCCUGAAGGGGAUGGCAAGGAGCGCCUGCCUGCCAUCAAGGACGAGUACGAGGAAGAAGGCUCUGUCGACUAUGAUGAAGAUGACAUGUCGCGAAGCCAGGAUGCCCGCGACUCAUCUCACACCCCUGGCUCGUAUCUCGAUCAAAGUGCCUCGCCGUCGACUGAGGCGUCAUCCACGGUCCCACCAACAGUACGGCCAUCGCUGUCGCGCAAGGGCAGCGCACAGCCCUCAAAGGGCCCUGCAAACAUGGCGCGGGACGUCCAGUUCUACCUCAACUACUUCCGCAACCACAUGUCGGUGCACCACUACGGUCUCAAACGCGACACGCACGGCUUCCUCAAAGGUGACUUCAUGAGCUGGGUAAUGAAGUUUGAGCCUCUCAGAUACGCCGUGGCGGGAUACGCUGCGUAUUUCCACACGCUCUCUCAGCCGGAUGGCCGCAUAUCAAACUUUCUCCAGUUCUACAACGAGUCAGUUUCGCGCCUGCGCGUGUCAAUCGAGAAGAACAAGAAACAGGGGCUUGCCACAUUCUUGACUGUGUUGCAAUUGGCCAGCAUAGAGGAAAUGCUUGGUGACUGGGUCAAUCUCAUGGGCCAUCAAAAGGCUGCAUUUGAAAUGCUCACCCGGCUGUACACACCCGAGACAAUCACCAAGACGGAUUUUCUUUGCAAGGUACUCAUCUGGUACAUUCGAUUCGACUUGUUCCUUGGAUUUCAAUCGGGCGGCGAGGCAACCUUGGGUCGGGAGUGGUACGUGGCCGUCCACGCUGCCUACGCCCAAAGGGCCAAGGACAAUCCAGAGGACCUGGGCAUGCGCUACGAAGAGCGCUUUGCUCACUCGCGAUUGGCAGCAAGGGACUCGAACGAUCUGUUUGCAAGGACAGGGAAAGGACUGAUCAGUCCCCAAGACUUUAUGGCUCAACUUCCCACCCUCCGAGAAAGAGUCGAGUCGCUGCAGAAAGAAAUACCGUCCAUCUUGCUAGACGCCAAGCACAAGGUCCACAGCAUUCCCGGAGAGCCGGAUCCCGAUGGCAUUACGAAUCCCUAUGAACCGGACCUUAUCUGGGGCGGACCGCUGUGGACAACCAACUUUCUGUUCAUGGAUAUGUGGGGCCUCCAGUUCAUGGUCGCCAUAUCCACGUCGAUGGCGUUGAAGCAGCCCGUAGAUCCAGAGAUUACCAAGAAGGCUUAUGAAGUAGUGCAAAUGUACGAAGCUAUGUGCGCAUACCCAGAGGCGCCUCCAGGCGCGAGACUCGAGGCGCAAAUCACGUUUGCCAUUGCGGCCUUGUUUCUGCCUAAAGAUCCGAGGACUAUGCAGUGGGUUCGUCGGUCCUUUACCAAAGUCGAAGCAGCAGGAUACAUCUAUUCGGACGUGAUGCGCAAUCGCGUGCUCGAGUCCAUGGGCGCCACACCGUCGGAUUGGUGGCUUCCCAACGACGAAGACUGCCCGCCUAUCAUUCGGUCGAUAAAAGAUUUCAUCAAAGAACGUACACAAGCACCCAAAGACCAAGUCUCUGAGGAUCUGCGCGAAAUGCGGGGUAUAUUCAGCUCGCUUACCAUCUCGGAUUCGCCGAUUUCGGACAAUACCACAGUAGUAAGCGCUGACGGCUUGGGGUCUGCGUAUGGCUCUCCAGACUGGCAGUCGUCAGGGUACGGAAGCGACCGGAAGCCGUCGGUCGUAGAGUCUAAUCUGCCAGGGUCUCAGAAGCCGUACAGCAUACAGUAA